AUGAGCAGCAGUAGCCCUGGCGGAGAGACUGCUGCGUCUCAUCCUGACGCAGCCACAGUCAGAGAAGAAAACUGCGGAGCGCAAGGCAGCGGAGGCGGUGAGGCUGGCACUGUCUGGGAGUUCCAGACGGCAGAUCCUGCCGUUAGGACGUUGAGCUCCUCUUCAGCUUUCUUAGCUACAGCGGACGCCAAAGACGGCGAUGCAGAAGAGGCUAUCCAUUCGGGAGUCCUCGAGAAAGCGACAAAGGAUGCCUCGUCUUGGAAGGUGAGGCGUUGCGCAUUACACGCGGAUGCCUUUUGGUACUCUAAAGGCGCUGCAGGGGGAGCAAGUGACGCAACAAUACCAUCUGGUAGCCGGUGGACUUGCAUUCCCCUCUCGACCUGUGUACAGCUGAUGCGAUCCCCCCAAGAUGGCAAGGUCUUCCUUGUACAGACAGCCAGCAGAUCGUACUACUGGCGCGCCCAGUCGCAAAGUGAAGCGGAAGCGUGGCUUCUGAGCAUUGGCACGCAAUGCGCGGCCCUCAAGGAGCUCGAGCUGCUGCAGCAAGCAGAGGAGCGCCUAAUCCAGACCGAGGAAGCCCACACAGAUUCUUGUGUCAGUUCUCUCCCAUUUGCAAACAGACAAAGCUUGUCACCUAGGUAUCCAGGUAGCGUGCUAGGGACGAUGGUGACUGACGUUAGAACCAUCAUGCAGAACAUCGUUUGUGUGUCGGAAGGAGUUGUUUCUCCAUGGCUUGAGGGGGUCGACGACAUACUGACGCUUGUAGCCUCUACAGGGAGCUGUCCAAAGCUUUAUCCGCACGUGGACCGCGAGACAGCACGACGAGGCAAAGCAGCUACAAGCGGGAGGAGGAGAUGCGGGGGCGUCUCCCAUGACGGAAUCAGAAAAACGCAUUGGCAAUUGGCUACGUAUAUGCGUGUUCCCCCAUUUCACUUCAUCGCCUAUAAUCCAACGGCGCAUUGCGCAACUCGCGGCCUCCCAUGGAGUCCAGAGUUGGGGGAUCGACCCGCUAAAGAGCCCCCUCAUUGUCGCGAACAUGUUUCGAGACGGAUGAGGAGUAAGAAUGCACGCGAUUGUUAA